AUGCGCAUCGGUGUGAAUUUUCAAUUGAAGGCCGUUCGUUUAGUUUGCAGGAUGUGCUUCAAGUUGAAGGCCAGCAGGAAGAAAGGAAAAGACGCAUUGCGCAGUUCCAAAGCGAGCUCGUGCAUGCGUUGGAGACCUACCUCCUUAGUUAUGCAAAGAAAGGGUAUGGCCUUGGUGAUGGGCCUGGCACAGCCCUUCGUGCAGCCACAGGUGAACCAGCUGACGCUUUGUUUCCUUUGUUUGGCUCUGGCCGUGGGCUUCCGCUUCUGCGUCCUCCUCUCCCGCCUGGCGCUGCUUCCACCGCUGCUGCUGCUGGCGGUGACGUUGCUCCGCCCUGACUCGCAGCAAGCGCUGGCACUGCGACUGCAGGAGGAGUUGGAGACGAAGCUGGAUGACUCGGAUGCUGCGGUCGUCACCACGGAGCAAGUGCAGUUCUGGUGA